AUGGCUGAGUCCGAACUGCAAUACAUAGAAACGAUGCAGGCCUACAUGAAGGUAUGGAGAGAAGAGCGAGAGCAUUUACAAGCUCAGCAUCAAUCUGAGAUUUCUUCUCAUCAGGAAAGCUUCGCAAGGGAGAAACGGAAGCUCAUCGAGGAGUUCCAAUUCAAAACGCUAGACCCGGACGAUGACGGCCAAAGUUUGCUAGAGGAUCUUAAUGAGAAGAUGCAGAAAAUUAAAGAGGCGCAUGAGUCGCAAAUAAGGGUUCUUAAGGCCAGACACGAGGUAAAGGAAAAGGACCACCUCGUUGCCUUUCGCUCCGGUCUACCGAUUCAUGGUGGGGUUGCCGUUUCACCAGCUACGGGGUCUCUACAACCUUUCUCUACUUCUACAGCAAACUCAAUUCCCGGGGCCUCAGAAUCCUAUGCAAAGGCCUGCAUGAUACCAGUGCCGAAGCAAACUGAACAAGAUGAGCCGCGCCUCACCAGGGCCACACCUACAGUCCGUUGGGAUGUGGUCCCAAGCACAGAGGCGACUGCGCAAUUAAGACCACAAAACGGCUUCGCAUUCCAAUCUGUUAAGCCUGUAUCUUGCAAAGUCAGCCGCGAAGUGGCCGAUAAUGGCGAGCGCCUCUUAAUCCAGUUCCAGAAUAAGCCCGCGACGCAGAAGCGAAAAGCCACGGAGGAUGCACCCGUUGCGAAGAAAGCUCGUCUGGAAUCUCCCGGCCAUGCGGCAAAUACGCCGAACAGCUUGAGCGAACAAAGCAUACCACCUAACGAUUCCAAUGCUGCAACCCCGACAACUGAACAGCCCUCUCCACCUCCACCGCAGCGGACCAUCUCGAUUGAGGAAGUCCGUCGUAAUGGUCCCGAGAAGGGCAUAUGGGAUACAAUUGUGGAAUGGCCACCCAAGAGCGGCAAGCAUUACAUACUUUUCUGCGAAGAGCACCAAGUCUGGAUGAAGCAGAAUGCUAUCGCUGCAGCAGCAAAGCACCUCAACGGCCGAUUCCAUAACUACCCAAACAGGAGCUUUGAUCCCGCGGUUGAGGCCCUUGGCUAUCUCGUGAUCGGCUGCACUCACCAGUUGGCUAUACUGCACAAUGAACAAGUGAAAAUGGCCUACGCUAAUGGCUAUCAACCAAAGAACGGAAUUAACAAGAACUGCAAACACAGCAAGAAGCCCCCUACCGACUCUCAAUCGAUGGUAGUAAAGAAGCCCCAGCCUGUGAACAAGUCGGCAAAGGUACCCCCAAAGUUAUCUUCUAAGCCAAGACGGUUCGGAGAUGGUAUCACUAACCCGAAGACGUACCAUGUCUACUUCGGACUGUGGACCGAAACUUGCACAAUGUACCCGGUCAUGAUACUCGGUUGGGACAAUUGGAGACCUGGUGGCAUCAAAUCGAGCCUGUUUAAGUCUGGACUACUCAAUGAGCCCGCGCAGCUGCCAGAGUGUUACAUCUAUCGACAUGAUCGAAUUGUCGAUUGGGCGCCAGGCUAUGAAGAUGGCGGCGACUACGUAACACUACGAGAAUUUCCCGUGUAUUACUUUGACCAAGGACGAUCAGUUGGAUGGAUACCGGCCUCCCAUUUGACCAAAUUUCCCUUGUAUCAAACUGAGCUACCUAAGAAGACAGCCUACCGAUGGAGCUGGGUACGUGACUUCAUUUUGGAGAGAGAAGGGGAGUACAAGACCUGGGCUGAAAGGGAGGCCGCCCGAAUUGAGAAUCGACUUGCCCCUUGGAACCCUGCCGGUCAUGUGCCGAGCCCUCGAUGCAUCACGUCGGAUGGCCAGUUUGCCGGCCACGAAGAAGAUUCCAAUUUUGAUCCUACCGAUGACGAGGACGAGUAUCUGAAAGAGCCAGCUUUCGAAGGUGAUAUUUCCAGCGACGACGACUACCCAGGAGAGCAUAAAAUCGAUCGUGAAGGGGAUUUAGACAUGGAGGACCUGGGCGAGGACAUUGGCUCAGUGGAUAAGGCCUUCCUCACGUAUCAUACCCGAAGUCACACGAAGCCCGGGACAACUUUCUCGAGACCUGUCAUUCGCAAUGAAGAUUCUCCGAGCACGGUGACCCCGUCCAAACCAUAUCUUAAAACUGACUUGGAAGGGUUGAAGGCAGCAGAAAGUCUUCCACAAAGUGGCUGCUUCGCUUCUGAACUGCCUAGGCCACCGGCUGACAGGGAUGCGAAAUCUGCCACUGAGUCCCCUACUGUUCAGCACGCGUCCGGCGUGGCAAAGAUCAACAAGCCACAGGUCAAAACAGUCCCCUUGACCUCGAAUGGCCCGAAACGAAGGCCGGAUCGAAAAGGACCACUGAAUGUUAUGCCAAGUGAAUCAGCCAAAGAAGACCCUGCCGCUCAUCAAAAUACCGCAGUAGCUAAAUCCGACAGAUUGAGCAGCUUGCCAAACUCCGAAAGGGAGAACAACAGGUAUGGUCAGACUAUCAACGGUACAGCAGGCGAAAGGGCAGCACCCAUGGGCGAUUGUAAAGCAGCCGAGCACCAUUGGAUACAGUCUCACGCACUGUCGCACUCUCCGCAUUCUCACCCUCAGUGCACCCAGUUAUCCGACGUUGGCCAAGCAACAGAUACGGCAAGCCACAGGAGAGGAGAAAAGAGCAAUUUUAGCUCUACGAAGGCAAAGACAUCAUCGCCCUUGAAUUCUCCGAUACGUCUUUCCGGUAUCACAAGCGCGCGUGCAUCAAUGCCCGCUGGUGUUCCCGAGCCAAGUAUAUCGCAGGACAUAUCAGCCAAAGUUAAUGAGAGCCACCGAUAUCCUCAAGCAAGGAAGACAGUUCCAGAGCUGGCGCCCGUAUCUAAGCAUCCCUCAACUCCAGCUGAUCGACCUGGCAUUACCUGUUCUGACGUGGGUAAUGCUUCGUCCGUAGGCACUCCCAAGUCCACGGCAAAGCGUAUUUGGAUGAUCACCAAGGCAGAUUACGCGGUGCAAGCAAGAGCUACAGAAAUACGACGGGCAGAUUCUUUGUCAGCAGACCUCGAGGCACCGAACGCACCUGCCAAUGUUGCACCGAGCCCAGCAACUCUAAUCUCUUCCGCGAGUGGCCUAACUGCGAUAACGCUACCAUCAGCCCCGGCCACGCAACAUGCACCCACAGAUGCCGUUUCGACAAGGACACCUCUUUCGGAGACCACGGUUCCUGCGGUAGCACAGACUCCCAACCACGAGCUAUCCUACUGCAAGAUAGGCAGUAACGCUUGGGAACGUGCUAGCCCCAAGGAUACAUGUCUUCAGCUCUAUAAAAGCCCAGAUGGGAGGACAAUGAGGGCACAUGGUGGACCAGUCGACUUGGAAAUCGACCCUAAAGCGCUUGGCACGGUGUGGUGGGAGACCAUCCAGUGCGCACCAGAUAAGUUUAGUCGGCUCACGCUAAAUUUCAAGGCUGCCGGCUUGGAGGAUGCUGUAAUCGUUUUCGAUCGCAGCCCAGGAAGCCGCUUGUCAGUUGGAAAGAUUCAGACACGUGACUUCGUCCGCUGGUUGCAAUGGCAAAAUCGAGACUUGAAAGUCCACCCACCCAAGUUAUCCACGUAG